AUGGCCAGAGAAGUGGACAAUCAUUUGGCUUCGGCUGCUAUUUAUCCAAUUGAUGUCAACUAUACUAUUGCUCUCAAAUCUAUUGAUGGCAUUCACGACGACUAUAGGAAUAAGUCAUUCAAACUGAUGCAAUGGAGUCCUAAACAAAACUCGUCGGACUUUCCCAUGGAUUACGUCUCACCGACUGAUCUGUUGAUUGUAAAAGACUCGUAUGAGUUGUGGUCUUUGGAUUUGGAAAGUCAUUUGCAAUAUAUGGUCGACGUUGUGGUGAAUAAAGGCUUUUUGAUGGCUAUAUUUCGAAAGAUUACUUUUACGCCAAAUAAUCCAAAAGUGGAUCAAAUAAUUGAGAUUAAAUCCGAUUGUAAGCAAUGGUUUGAUAAAUUGAAACAAAAACUGGAGGACAAUAUGUCUGAAGACACGAUUGCGGACAAUGUUUGGUUGAUCGCAAACGACGGCGACAGCAACGGUGUUGUGGGACUUGUUAAUUGUCUUCGUCUGGAACCGGGAGGCGAUCGAAUCCGCUGUAUAUUUGAUUGCAAUCAUCUCUUCAAUCAAAUUGACUUUAAUUCCAAACCUUUUUCACAAAUUUUGAGCAACGAUUUGGCGAUUAAUGUCCUCCGAAACGGACAGUUAGGCACUUAUAGACACUUAACUUUGCCUAAGAAUUACGACAAGACUCUGUCCAACGAAUACUAUUUAAAUAUCGGCCAAAAUCGGGACAUAUCUAGCCUUCAGUGGUUUGAUAAGAGGAAUAUGAGUGAUAAGAUAGAGGGAUAUAAUUUGGACAAUAAACCAGUAAAGUAUGUGAAGUGCAAUAUUUAUAGCUCUGGUAUCAACUUUCGCGAUGUUAUGUUUGCAACCGGUCGGAUAACUUCGGGUCCGUUGAGUCUAAUUAUUGACUGUUUGAUUGGCUUUGAAUUUGCGGGCCGUUUGAAAGAGACCGGAGAAAGGGUUUGCGGGUUUGAUAUGAGUCGUUGUUUUGCCUCAAGUAUUAAUGCUAUGAAUACAAUGGUAUCAAAAAUACCCAACAACUGGUCGAUGGACGACGCGGUCACUAUUCUCUCCACUUAUAGCACUGUAUGGUAUGGACUCAUAGAGAGGGCUAUAUUGAGACAAAACGAAAAAGUGUUAAUACAUUCUGCGGCCGGAGGUGUGGGUCAGGCGGCUGUCAAUAUUUGCAAGUAUUAUAACUGCGAUAUCUUCGUUACGGUCGGCACUGAAGAUAAGAAAAAGUUUUUGAUGAAUGAAUACAAUAUCCCGGAGAACAGAAUAUUCAGUUCGAGAGAUAUUCAGUUUAAGUACAAAAUUAAAUCACUAACGGAUGGAAAGGGAGUCGAUAUUGUCCUCAACUCUCUGACCGGCGAUAAACUGGAGGCCAGUUAUGAAUGCGUUGCCGAUUGCGGCCGCUUUGUAGAGAUCGGCAAAUAUGACCUCCAAAUGAACAAACAGUUGGGAAUGUUUGCUUUCUUGAGAGACAUCUCAUUCAUCGGCGUAUCUGUUGAUCAAAAAUUGUUUCUAUCGGAGGGUUAUAUACAAAAGUGGUGGCAAUGGAUGCACGAGAACUCCAAUAACGGAAUGAUUAAACCAAUCAAUAGAACCGUAUAUAAAGCCGAAGACGUGGAGAAAGCGUUUAGAUAUAUGACAACCGGUAAACACAUCGGAAAGAUUGUCAUCAGAAUCAGAGACGAAGAGCCAAAGGAUACAAAAGUUUUCAAUCCUUCUGCUGUUCUCUCGUCGACUGUUAAAACAUAUUUCGAUUCAAACAAAAGCUAUAUAAUAACGGGUGGUUUGGGAGGCUUUGGGCUAGAGUUGGCUCAUUGGAUGAUAGCAUUGGGGGCCAGAAAUCUGGUGCUGACGUCAAGAUAUGGAGUCAAAAGUGAUUAUCAAAAGUUUGUGUUUAAGAGAAUUGAAUCGUUGAGCGAUAGGUUUAAAACGUUUGGCACAAACAUUACUGUUUGGACCAAAAGUACCGAAUCUCUCGAAAACACAAAACUUUUGCUUAAAGAGGCCAACAAUUUGGCCCCAAUUGCAGGCAUUUUUCACUUAUCAGUAGUGAUUAACGAUUGUCUGUAUAGUAAUCAUAACAUCGAUGAAUAUAUCGAGACAAUUGACUCCAAGACUAAAACAUUUGUAAAUUUGGAUCAAAUCACUCGAGAAUUGGCCAUAGAUUUAGACUAUUUUGUAGUCUUUUCAUCUGUAAGUUGUGGUAAAGGAAACGCCGGGCAAUCAAACUAUGGUUUUGCGAAUUCUGUUUGUGAACGCAUUUGUGAGUCCAGACGAAGAGAUGGUUUACACGGUUUAGCCAUUCAAUGGGGACCUAUCGGUGAUGUGGGAGUACUGGCGGACACCGAUAUUGUCAGUCCAUUGGCCGGAAUUGUGAAACAACGGAUCAAUUCUUGUUUAGAUAUUUUGGAUAAAUUACUUCAAACAAAACAUUCAAUUGUGUCGUGUAUUGUGAGAGCUAAACGUCAGACUCAGUCCGGUUCUCGUGAGUCCCGAAUAGUGGCACAGAUAUGGCAGGCGUUAGGCAUCGACCCGAAGACAACUCCCGAUCACUUGACACUCGGGGAGAUCGGUAUGGAGUCUAUGUUUGCGGUUGAGUUACAGCAGGGGUUGGAAAGGGAUUACGACAUCAAAGUGUCAUUGAAUGACAUCAAGAAUGUGACCAUAAGAAUGGUUAAGGAGUUCGAAGCGGGGAAGACGUCUGAAUUGAAACUGUUUACGGAAGAGCUGCGCGACUGUCGCUCAAAGUUAAGUAAAAUCAAGUUUUUGAUACCGACUGAAAGCUAUACUCGACUCAAUGGCGCGAAGACGGGUCGACCCAUAUAUUUCUUGCCACCUCUUGAGGGCAUAUUCUCGUCGCUGGAAGCGUUGGCCGCUAUGAUUGACAGACCAGUAAUUGGUCUCAAUUGGACCAAACACUUGGAAAAAAUGUCACUCAAAGAGCUGAGCGUUUAUUAUACGAAUUUACUGAAGACUCUGCACCCGAAAGGCGAUUACGACAUCUUUGGCCACUUUUACGGCGCAUUGAUUGCCAUAAAUAUGCUGAAGAAGGCGCCGAUAGGCAAAGCUGUCAUCAUUGAUAUGUUGUCUGAGAUAAAGAUGGACGAAGAGGUGAUGACCGAUGAGUACAUAAUGGAAUUGAUUAUCGCAUUUAUUGCUAAAGAUUUACCACUAGUAGUGAGAGACAAACUCAAGAGAGACUGCAAUUUAAAGCCCGACGUGAAGUCAAAGCUCGUCAAAAUCAGUGAUGAACUCAAAGAGUUUGUGGGAAAAUCACUCGUCAGUCGAGAUUUGGAGGAAAUUCUGCUGAAUUCUCACCAAAGAGUGAAACUGUUCUCCAAUUAUAGGAUUAAUCUGAAGAAUAAGUUUUCAAAAUUGAAAGUAAAUAUCGGAAAGAAAUAUUUGGAAAUGAGUGGAAAACUAUUGAUUAUAAAGCCAUCGAAAACAUCAAACGUUGACGAAAUCAAUUUGGAUGAAAUUGAGAAGAUUAAAAACGCCUAUUUCUUGCCCGAGAAGGGAUUGGAGGGGAAACUCAACUUUCAAACCGUGGACUCAACUCAUGGCGAAAGAGAAUUCUCUCAAACGUUUGAUAAGAUCGCAGAAUCUAUUAAUGCAUUUUUGGCCAAAUGAGAGAAUUGCAACAUUUAUUAUUGCUAUACAUAUGUGUUAUUACUUUGAUUUCUUUUUUAACUUUUUACUAUAAUUAUAUAAACGAAAUAAACAAAUAUUGAAUGAAUAAGUGAAUGAGAGAGUAAGAGGGAGGGAAAGAGAGAG